AUGGUUUCAAAUCAGAAUGCCAUCCGGCUCAUAAACACUACAUAUGCAGAUCAAGUAGUGAAUAUUGGAGAAAUAACACUUGGAGAAGAAACAAGGAACAGAAUGAAGAAUACUCAAGGUCGUGAAAGUGAAAGACGUCAGAUUAUAAAUGCGGCAUGUGCUCUUUUGAACUCUGGAGGAGGACUGAUACUAAUGCUCCCCAAAAAUGACAAUUACACUUUAUCUGAUGGAUUAGGACUUGAUAUAGAAUUGGGUUUAAGGGAGCUUGUCAGGCCCCAAACAAUACAAGAUAACUUUACUUAUUUACAAGUAGACGUCUACACCAUCAUUUUUGUCAAAUCCUGGUCUGCAGACCUUAUUAGCAGUGGUGGUGUCAAAGCCAGGAUUUCGAGUAUUGAUUGUCAGGCUUAUAAGAGAUGCGGAACAUCAACUUUAAAAAUUGCACCAAAUGAGUUUUAUCAUUUUUUUAAUCAGAAGAAAUUGAUGGUGGGAAGAGCACAAGGUUUGUCUCCCAAAAGAAUGAGAAUAAAUAACUCACAAGAUAAAAUGCUGAAGGUAGUAAAGAAUUUCUGCAAUCAAAAAAAUAUUAAAAUUUCAGAAGCUGUAGAAUUUGGAGAAAGUGAAUAUACAGAGUUCAAAAGUUUUGAAGGCAGAAAUUUACAAACUAGGCUUGGCGAAAAUCUGGUAAAGUACAUAUCAGCAUUUGGAAACACAAAUGGAGGGUUUUUCAUUACUGGCAUUGACGAUAAAACAAAAAAAGUAGUGGGCUGUGGGAAAGGCAUAGAUCCAGAAUUUUUUAAAAUAUUGAUGGAAAAUACAUUCAAGAAAUUAAUCACAAUCCAUUUUGAUAAUUGCUCUUCUCAAAGGAGUGUAGAGUACAAUCUGCAUAUUAUAAAUGUUAUCGAUGACUUGGAAACUCGCCAUGGCUAUGUAAUGGCACUCGAAGUUAAAAAGCACUGCUGUGUAAUUUUUUCAAAAAAUCCUGAAUCAUUCAAAAUUGAGGGAGGUGCCAUAACAAAUAUGAAACCAGGAGAAUGGUUACAGAUGAUGAUGGGAACUGAUCCAGAAAGUGCAGAGCUUUGUAAAAAUUUUGAGAAAGAACUAAGUAUGUCCUUGGCACCACCACAAUGUAAACCAGUGUACGGCCUGAAAAAUACAGCCAGACUGAACAUGCUGCAAAAUGCACUAUACCCAGUUAAGUCUGAAGGGAUAGAAAGCAUCCCAGCUCCACUAUGCUCACGCCUCUUUGAAAAGUUUGAAAGGUUUGAUGACAACCUGAAGCCAAAUGGAGAACAAGGUGUUCUGAUUUUCUCUAAGAGUUGGGCAGUCGACAUUGAAAUGGAGAAGAAUGACAAUGUUAUCUGCGAUGCCCUGUUGUUCUGCACAAACAGCUUCCCAGUCUUGUACACUGUAGUGGAGAAGGCCACUGAAGAGCUGUUGGAGUAUUCAAGGCAAACUGCAUAUCAAAUAAAGCAAAAGCUUGUCAAUGUUGGGGGAUACUCUGAUUGGAUCUGCGUGAUACCUAAACUUUUUGAACUCCCGUCCAGGACUGUGAUUUCAAGUGAGACAAACUGUCCCGGUUUCAAGUUGAAGAACCAAUAUCCAGAAGACUACCGUAUUUUUGAUGUUAAAGCCAUUCUGAGAUCUUUAGUGCUUGUUAUGCUAAGUUUUAAGUCACCUUUGAGUGACCAACUUGGUUGCGAAUUUCUAAAUUUGCUCACCAUUGAACAAUUUGAAAUUCUUAAUUCAAAGUGUAACAUUGAAGACUUUAGUAGCAUGUUUGUUCAUGGCUUACCAGGAACGGGAAAAACGGUGAUUGCAGAGAUGCUCAUCAGGAGAAUCCAAAGAACCUUUCACUGCCGACCAGAAGAAGUCCUUUAUAUCUGUGAGAAUCAACCGUUAAGAGACUACAUGCGGAGAUUUGAAAUCUGCCACUGUGAGACAAGAUCAAAAUUUAUUGGUUCCUCAUUUCCUGAAGUAAAACACAUUGUUGUGGAUGAAGCUCACAAUUUCCGUGGAGAAGAGCCAAACUGGUACAGCAAAGCCAUUUCCAUUAUUUACAGAGCAUCUGACGCUUGUGGCCCCGGUGUAUUCUGGGUCUUCCUGGACUAUUUUCAAUUGCAUCACCCAUACUCCAACGGUUUGCCAGGAGUUGAAUAUCAACGUCCAAAAGUGGAUUUAACUUUUUGUGUUCGCAAUAGCAAAGCCAUUUACGGCGUAAUGUAUGAGGAGAUGACCAAAAUAGUUGAAGGCUCCUUUUUGAAAAAUCAAAAAAACGUUCACGCGCUUUGCAGGAAACAAAUGAAUGUGGCAAAAUGUGGACACUCAUUUCAGGGAGUGAGUAAAGUGAUUCACUUUAAAAACGGUGAAGACCUUACCAUCGAGAUAUUUAAAGAAAUAAAAGCAAAGCUAAAACAAGGUUACACCAACAAGGAUUUUGCUAUUCUUUGCAACAAACAGGCGGAUUAUGAGAGAUACUAUGCUGCACUGGUUCCCCUUUUCAAAAAAGUGAGGCCUCCACCGUCAUUUUCACAGGCACAUGCGGUUCAUGAAAACAAAAUUAUCCUGGAUACGGUUAGAAGGUUCUCAGGCCUUGAAAGAAACAUCGUGUUUGUCGUUCACCCAGAAGUGCAUGAAAAACACAAGGAUCUGCAGGAUAACCUUAUUCUUAACGCUGUCUCUCGGGCUCGUGUUCAGCUCUUCAUAUUUACGCCGGACAAACUGGCACAGUCUGCUAAUAAGGAAAAUGAGCCAAUGCAGUUUUAGAAGGUUCCUACAGAGCAUUUACAGUAUUUCAUUUCAUUGUCUUGUGUCUCUUUGGUGCUCUUCCUAAGCCAUCUUGUCUGU